UUUUGUGAGCAAAGAAAAAUUUCGAUGGACCUUAAUCAAUUCAAACCCCAUUGAUUCAGUGUGAUAUAUUAAACCAUAUUUUUAUUACAAGAUGUUAAGUCGAAGAACUAUUGGAUUCCUUAGAAGUUCUGGAAGUGGUCGUAUAUGUCGUCAAUUAUUAAUAAGUUGUAGAAAUUAUUCGAGUCUUGAUGAUUUCAAUAAAAAUAAGACACAUUAUACAUAUGGACAAAACUUUAAGAGUUUAGAAGAUUUAGAAAAGGAUAUUAAUGCAGAACUGACUAGUAAGAAAAUUCAUGAAAGAAUUCAAAAACAACUUGAAGAAGAGGAACAAGAACAAUUCGAUUCUAUAAUUAGAAAUGAUCCUCGAUUAGUUGGAUUAGAACCUGGUAGUCCAGAAUUUAAAGAACAAUUACAUCUUGUUCAAAUUAGUUUCCAAGAAGAACAAAAGAAACAACAAAAGAAAUAUGAAUUUUAUGAAAGAUUAAGAGGGUUAGCUGUAGGAGUCUUUGCAUUAGUAACUAUUAUUGGUGGUCAUCAAUUAUAUAUGAAUUAUCCAUAUGUUAAGACUAAACUUCUUGCUAAUAUUAAUUAUAAGAUUGAUGAAGAAAAAGCUCCAGAUUUAACUGAUCCAGCUAAGAAUACUAAGAAAAGUGAUUAUUUAGUAACAAAAUUAGCAGAAGAAUUAAAUUCUGUUCGUAAUGUUCAAAAUUCUCAUGAAAUUUCGGGUUUAUAUAUAGUUGGAGAAUCAAAUAAUCUGAAGUUACCUAUAAGAUUAGAAUUCUUUAAUGAUAUGCUUAUUAAGGAUGUUAAAAUUUUAAAGGAUUAUCUUAUAGUUGUCACUGAUAAUGGUCAAGUUUAUCACUAUCAUAAGGGACUUGAAAAGCCAGCUUUAGUAAAUUUACCCUUUAAGAUAGAUGAAGCACAAGUAUCAAAUGAUUUAAUAUAUCUUAAAACUACUAAAGGUGAUAUAAUAUAUUUCCCUCGAGAUGAUAAAUCCAUUGAAUUUGAAGGAAUUAAAAGAAGAAAUUGGUUAGGAAUUUCACAAUCUCAAAUAUAUCAAAAUUUAAAUGUAGGAGAAUCAAUUCAACAAUUUUCAACUGGUGAAAAUCAUAUAUUAUUAUUAACAAAAUCAGGUAAACUUUUUAUUGCCAAUACUAAAUCUAAUCCUAAUAAUUAUGGACAAUAUGGAUUACCUCAAUUAUCACCAUAUUCUGAUAAUAAAUCAUUUCCAGUGAAUCAACCAUUUGAAAUGGUAUUAUUGAAUAAUGAGAUUAUUCAUAAUAAAGAUGGAAGUAAGAUAUUAUUACCUCGUAAAUUUGUUACAAUUGCUAGUGGGAAGUAUCAUAAUAUAGCUGUUGAUUCAAAGAGUAAUGUUUGGACUUGGGGAUUUAACAAAUCUGGAGAAUGUGGAAUUCCUAUAACUAUUAAUACAGAUAUUCAACCAGUUCCCAAACAAAUUUUACAAUUAAGUGAUUUAAAGAGAAUUUGUCGAAAUGUUUUACCAAGUUCAAGUACAAUUGAAGGAUUUUCAAUUGUAAAGGCUUUAGCAGGAGAUAAUAGUUCAUAUAUUCUUGUUAAGAAUCAUGAAUUUAAUCAAGAUAUUCUUUUAAGUUUUGGUAGUGGUAUUAAAGGUCAAUUAGGUGAUAAUAGAUAUUUACAUGUUUGUCCUAAUCCACAAAUUAUGAAAUCAUUAAUGAAUUUAACUGAAUAUGAUGAAAAUCAAGGUAAAGUUAUUAAUAUUGGUAUUAAAGAUAUUAGUGUAGGUAAUAAUCAUUUAUUUGUUACUUUAAAUAAUUCUGGACUUUAUAAAGAAGUAGUUGUUAUUGGUGAUAAUGAAUCAGGACAAUUUGGUAAUGGUAAAGUAAUUAAGAGUGCAAAACCAAUUAAGAUCCCUCAAUUAAUUGAACCAGAAGAUUUAAAAGAUGAUAAAUCAAUUAAUAAUAAGAAAUUAUCUAAGAAACUUAAUGAUAUUAAUAAUAAUCGUUUACAAUUAUUAGAUGAUCAUAAAUUAAAUUCAAAAAUUGAAAUUGAACAAGUCAUUGUUGCUGGUGAUAAUGGAUCAGCUAUAUUUUAUAGACGUAAAUAGGCUUUUUCUUUGUAUAUAGUAAAUAUUAAAUUAAAUUAAUUAAAUUAAU